CGAACUUCCAGUGAUGAGUAAAAUGGAAAUCCACGAUUAUUUUUGUUAGUCACCAAAGCGCUCCGGCUGUUUAUAUUACACUACUGGACUCGAAAACGUCACAGAAGCGUUCAAUUUAGUUCACACAAGGUAUUCAGACAGACUUUAUUUACCUGUACCUACACAUCAUAAAGAUAAGAUCACAGGACAAAAAGCAAUACCAUGGAUGACACAGAGGAUGGACAUGGGGACAUCACUGAUGCACCACUCAGUAGAAGAGGUCUCAGAGUUGCUCCAGAGGCAGGCAGGCCACAGCAAGUUAGUUCCAGUGGAGACCACGAUAUGGAGUAUCCCAUGACUUAUGAAAAUAGGGGCCUUGCCAUCAUUUUCAACAACCGCAACUUUGCGACACAUACAGGUAUGGCAGAGAGACGCGGCACGGACCAGGAUGCAAAUGGGAUUGAGAACAGACUUCGCGCACUGGGAUUUGACGUGUAUCGCUUUGACAAUGUGACUUGUUCCAGGAUGUCAAUGACUAUGGCCGAUGUUGGACGCAGAAAUCACUCCCAAAAUGACUGUGUGGCUUUGGUAAUUUUGUCACAUGGUGAGGAGGGAAAAGUGUAUGGCACAGAUGGCAUUAUAGAGGUGGACCAGCUACUUGCCCCUCUCAAGGGUGACAGAUGCUUGACUUUAGCAGGGAAACCAAAGCUCAUUUUCAUUCAGGCUUGUCGAGGCACUAAACUGGACGGAGGUGUAGAGGUCGCUGAUGCAGAAAUGUGGGAAGACGAACCAGACGGUAGGACCCAUGUGCACAGAAUUCCUGCCGAGGCAGACUUCCUCAUUGCUUACUCUGUGGUGCCAGGCUUCUUUUCCUGGCGUAACUCCAUGAACGGAUCUUGGUUCAUGCAGGCACUCAUUCAGGUCCUGGGAGACUACGGCCAACAGUUGGACAUCCUAAGCUUGAUGACCAUUGUUAACAGGAAAGUGGCAUACGAGUUUGAGUCCAAUGCAGCCUCCAAGGCAAUGAGCAAAAAGAAACAGGUUCCAUGUAUAACCUCCAUGUUGACCAAGCUGGUAUAUUUUAGGCCAAAACACUAAGAGCACCCAGGCCCUUGGUAAAUGCCCAGGAUGGGAUAUUAACAGGACAGUAUUUCAACAUCUUUUAAUCAUUUUCAGGGUGCACAAUUGGCUUGGAAAAUUGGAAAGUUAUUUUGGGUUGGAAGAAAAAUCAGGAUUUCAACAUUAUUAUUAUUAUUAAACCUUCAAAAAAUUUCAGUUGGUGAAAGAUACAGGUGAUGACUCUUCUUUAAAAAAUGUCAUGACAGUAUGAUAAACUUUUAAAGAAUAACCUUAUAAAAUGAUCUCAUAUGCUCUCGGAGAGUAUUCAAUAUUAAACAAUCAGUGAUAAGGCAGGGUGGUCCCAUCACAACCUUAUAUGCAAGUACAGUGGAUAAGAUUUAGAAGCUCAUUUAUGGUCUUAAUAUUAUCAGUAAUCAUUUCCACAUUGUUCAUGUGUUGUGAUAAUCAAUGCAAUGGAAGAUUUUUGUCAGAUUCAAAGAGGCAAGACUGUUUCAGUCACAUUCAUAUGAGAAAGGAAAGUAAUAGAUCUGCUUAAGUUUUUGCCAUUCAGUAGAAAGAUUUACCCCACAGUGUAUUGAUUCUUUUAUUUUGUUUCUCUUUGUGCAAUUAUUUUUGGUGAUAUAAUACUGUACUUUGUCACAAUGAAUUUACUUUUUCCUAGCAAUAGCAGACCCAGGGGUGGGUCCACAGUGAGCAUGCACCCCCUUCUCAUCCAUGAAAACAAAAAAAAAAAAAAACAAUAUUUAAAUGUUAAAAUAGUUUCAUUUUACCAUCAAAAACAGUAUUACAAGUGAAAAGAAGCAUGGUCAAGCACUCUUUAUCCCUGUGCUCUGCAUAUUUUAGUUAAAUUGUCCUCUUCAACUUCUGUAUACUUGCCAAGCACAGCAUCCCCCCCCCUACCCCCCACCCACAACUCCCACCCCUGUAGCAAAAUCUUGGAUGUGGCUUGUAAGGUUAUUCCAUAUGUACCACUUUGGUUAAGGUGCUCAAGGUGAAGGGGUGAUCCAACAUUUUAUACAUCUCAAAUCUACUCUUGUCAGUAACUUGUUUAUAGUUUAUUUUUACAGUAACCAGGCUAAAAAAAAACAUUCCUUUAUUUCUUUGGUGUCACAAUUAAAAAUCAACAGAUCCACAAGUUUUACAGGGACUUUAAGGUACAGAAUGUAUUUUAAAAAGAAAUUGUUUCAUAUACCAGUAGAUUUGUGUUUCAGCUUAGGUGUGUCUACUUAUUGUUAUUGUUUCAUAAUGUUAUUGUGUAGAGUAACUGGCAAAAUGUACAAUAUUGAAUUUCAUAAUACCAGUACAUUAUAAAGUUAACAACCUCUUUUUCAAACCAGGAGACACAUCAAAAUUAGCAGUGUACCAUUUUUUUAUGUUUUAUGGAUGAGUGAGACCAGGGAUAGUAUAAUGACUUAAGAGAUCCUUUGCUUUGUGUUACACCUUUUAACGAAAAGCUAUUCCACAAUCCUUAAGAGUCAGUGCAUUAUAUAAUUAGUCACUGUAAUUAUAAUUUCUAUACUGUGUAGACUUCUGCCAGAGUGCAUAUGAUUUGACUGUAGUCUUUUGAUGAGUCCACACUAUUUUAUGUACAGUAUUUGUCUUCAAGUUUGUUUAAAAAUGGGUCACUAUAAAAAUUUUUGUGAUACCAUCCAGAAACUACUGGGGUAGUACGUGUGUAUCAUACAGGGCAAAGCUUCGACUUCAUGUCAUCUUUGUGAUGUGAUUUCAUUUGAUUACAAAAGUGUUAUAUUAAAUGCAAUGCCUUUAUAAGGAUAAACACACCAAGGGAAAAACAUUUUAAUUUGUUUUACAGUUGAUUUAGAUGUGAGACAUUUUUAAUAGUGAUUGUCUUAGCCUCGGGUCCAAUGCUUGCUGGCAAAAUAUUCAUUUUUUAAUCUCCGUGUAUAAGUGCUUUAUUACUGACAAGCAGGUGUGGAUGGAGAGUUUGAAGAUGAUGAAGCUGCCCCAGGUUUGCUUGGAAAACUUGGGGCUACUGUAGUAGGUUACUGCAACAAGUGUUCCAUUUGGCGGAAUAAAUAGUUCAAUGUAUGUGUAGUUCUACAAUAGGUUAUAAGUGUUAGUGAAAAAUGAUUACUACCUGUGUCUUCAUGAAUGAUAUGUACGUGCAAAGGUUACUGUAAAUCUUCAUGUAUGUAACAUCAUGAUUCAAGCAUAGAUUAGCCUUUUAAAAAAUGUGAUUCCACACGUGAAAAUGUAUCAAAUAAAUCAGAAUCAAAUGAAUCA